AUGAAAAGAACACAACUAGACGACGACACCAGUGUUUGGUGCUUAAAAAUAUAUUUUUUUUAAUAUUAUUAUUCUUGACUUCGAGGAAUAGAAUAUAUUUAAUCUAAGUGAAAGUUUUUUAUUUUUAUAAAUUGUUUGUAUCUUCCUGAUGUGUGUGAUAUAAAUCAACGUUAAACAAAAAAAAAAUAAAACAAUAAAAAGAAAAAUUUGCCAAAAAUGAUGUUUAACAAGAUCAACGUGACUUCUUGCUAUUCCUACACUCAUCUCUUAAAUCCGAACGAUUCAAAGAUGGCGCUAAUCAAGAGUAAUCAUAAUUCAUAAAUAUAGUAGAUUGUUAGUCGAGCGUGAAUGCCUCUAAAUUGUUAUUAAUUUCAUAUUUUUGUUCUUUCUUCUUUUUUUUUGUUGUGUGUUAUUUGUUUAAUUGCGCAAUCCUAACCUCAACAACUGCGAAUUUAAUAUGCGGUAAUAUGGUGAAUCAAAAAUGAUGUGUGUAUAGUAAAAUUUCCAAUCAAUAAUCAAAAACCUUAAGACUUUUUUUUUCAAAAGUGUUAGAAUCAAGGUUUCAUGAAAAAAAAAAUAAAUUAAAUCAACAAAGCUUCGCGAGACAGAUGUUUGAUUUUACAAUAUCGAAAAAAUCGUAACUUUUAUAAGUACGUAAUCAAAACACAGUGUGCAGUGAGUGUGUGGAGCAGCGAGCAGUGAGAGUGACAACAAAGGGGUGGAGUUGUGUCUUACAGCCUGAUUAACCCCCAACAAACCCCCCUGGUGAAGAAAACCCCAACAACACACUCCAACCAACCAGAGAAACACGAAUUUUUAAUCUUGAAAAGUCGUUGUAAUAUCAUAACUGACUGAACUAACUGAGCUCACUGACUGUCUGCCUGUCGCCAGCCUGAAGUUCGUCGUGUGAAAAAUUCAAGAUGAAUGGCCGACAGAUCUCGAGUCCGCAAAGGAAAAUGAUCAAAAAGGACUCCCUCCUGGCGGUGCCGAGUGCGCGAAUGGGCCAACCGAACAAGGUGGAUCCCUUCAUAGGCAGAAUUCAGUCAUCCGGUGAUGCGGAUGAUGAACUCGGCUACACACACACUCUCAUGUAUGGUCGUUACACCAAGGAUUUGGGAGAAUAUGCCAAAGACGAAGCACGUAAACUUAAAAUUCUCGAAAAACGUCGCAAGGAAGAGGACAAACUGCGAGACAAAGAACGUUUGGGAGAGCAUCAAGGACGUGCCUUUAAGGUGGCCUCUUGGAUAUGGCGACACACAUUAGCGCGAUUUGGCGAAGAUUGGGUCUUCUUGGCCAUGUUGGGUGUGAUAAUGGCCCUGCUGUCCUACAUAAUGGACAACGGCAUCAAUAUGUGUACAAACGCUCGCAUUUGGCUGUAUCGUGAUCUUUCCACAUCGCAACCUGUGAUUCAGUAUUUCGCCUGGGUAUCGCUGUCAGUGUGUUUGAUAUUAUUCUCGGCGGGAUUUGUUCAUUUGGUUGCUCCGCAGAGUAUAGGCUCAGGAAUUCCCGAGAUGAAGACUAUCCUCCGAGGAGUUGCACUCAAGGAAUACCUCACUUUCAAGACACUCAUAGCCAAAGUGGUUGGGUUGAUGGCAACUUUGGGAAGCGGCAUGCCUCUGGGGAAAGAAGGUCCAUUUGUGCAUAUAGCGAGUAUCGUGGCCAGGUUACUCUCGAAAUUAAUUACAUCAUUCCAGGGGAUCUACGAGAAUGAGUCACGAAACACAGAAAUGUUGGCUGCAGCUUGUGCUGUAGGUGUUGGAUCGUGCUUUGCGGCGCCCAUUGGAGGAGUAUUGUUCAGCAUAGAGGUAACCACCACGUAUUUUGCUGUGCGUAACUACUGGCGGGGGUUUUUCGCAGCUGUCUGCGGAGCAACUGUAUUCAGGCUUUUGGCCGUUUGGUUCCAGAAUGCCGAUACGGUGCGAGCCAUGUUCCUGACAAAUUUCACUUCGGAGUUUCCCUUUGAUCCGCAGGAGUUAUUUGUCUACGCGUUGAUGGGAGUUGUGUGCGGUUUCCUGGGAGCUGGGUAUGUUUGGCUGCAUCGAUGGUAUGUGACUUUCAUGAGAUCGAAUAAGAGGAUGAGCCGGUUUCUUCAGAAGAAUCGAUUUCUAUAUCCCGGAUUGAUCGCACUGAUGGUUUCCACAGUAUCCUUCCCACUCGGAACUGGACAAUAUAUCGCAGGUGAACUCAGUACUCACCAACAGGUCACCGAACUCUUCAGCAAUUUCACUUGGUCCCGAGAUGAUUUGACAGUGGAGCAGGCAGCCAUCGUGCAGAAUUGGAUAACUCCUCAUACGAACGUGUUCAUCAAUCUGCUGUGCUACGUAUUAUUUUUGUUUGUAUUUUCGAUAGUCGCAUCGACAAUUCCCGUGCCAUCGGGAUCCUUCAUUCCAGUAUUCAAGAUUGGUGCAGGCUUGGGCAGAAUAGUCGGAGAGCUGAUGCAUGUGCUCUUUCCGUUGGGUGUGCGUUACGGCGGGAGGGUUUCACCGAUUAUUCCUGGUGGAUACGCAGUGGUAGGGGCAGCUGCCUUCUCAGGGGCGGUUACCCACACAGUAUCUGUUGGUGUGAUAGUCUUUGAAAUGACCGGACAAGUCACUCACGUCGUCCCAGUGAUGAUAGCCGCACUUAUAGCCAAUGCCAUAGCAGCCCUACUUCAACCGUCUAUGUACGAUAGCAUAAUCCUGAUCAAAAGAUUGCCAUAUCUGCCAGAUCUCCUGCCCUCAAGCUCAAGAAUGUACAGCAUUUAUGUGGAGGACUUCAUGGUGCGGAAUGUUCAAUUCAUUUGGCCAGAGAUAACCUAUCAGAAGUUGAAGGAAGUGCUCUAUCAAAAUCGUGGACUGCGCAGUCUUCCCCUGGUCGAUAGUCCGGAGAGCAUGAUCCUUCUGGGGUCCGUUCAGAGGUCUGAGCUGCUGAAAAUGAUCGAGAAGAAUAUCGGACGUGAGAAACGUAUGGAAAUGGCUCAGAAGUGGCAUAAAGAAGCAGAGCAACGAGCUCGAGAACAGAAACUCAAAGAAAUCGAAGCCGAAAACAGGAUCCGAAGGACAUCGAGAUUCGAGGUACUUCCAGCACCCGAUAUACUUUCACUCGAACAAACUUCCAACGAAAAUAUGUCCCGCAUGGAUUCAAAGAAACGACACACAGAUCUUUUUGGAAAUUCCUUCUUCAACCAACCUCGCAAGUCCAUUCUGAAGAAGACGAACUCCUUUAACUUGAAGCAAUGUGCUCCGAUAUCAUCGCACAGUCCAACGAUAACGCCCUAUACGACAAUCACCGGGUCCGAGUAUCGCAUCCGUUCAGCGUUCGAAGCAAUCUUCAAAAAAUCCACCACCCUCCAGGACGUCGCUCCACAUCCAGGCGACAGCAAUCCAAUCACUCCCGGCGUAAGUUCCAACGAAAUUCAACACAUUCAACAUCCACCUAGCACGCCUGGCAUAUUAAAGAAGGUCCAACUGCCCCGCGAACGUGUCAUCGAUAUGUCACCCGAAGAUCAAAAACAAUGGGAAUACGAGGAAAUGUCCAAGCCCAUUAAUCUCGAAGGCAGCAACGUUCAGAUUGAUCCAUCACCAUUCCAGUUAGUCGAACGCACAUCCAUCAUCAAGGUUCAUUCGUUAUUCUCAAUGGUGGGCAUUAAUCAUGCGUAUGUGACGAAAAUCGGACGACUGGUCGGAGUUGUCGGAUUAGCUGAGUUGCGCAAAGCCAUCGAAGACAUAAACAACAACAGUUUUGUGGUUACAAACAGUCAACAGCAGCCGCAAGACGAAGAAGCCCAAACGGGCAUCAAGCCAUUGUUAGAUAAAAACAGCAAAAGUGAUAAAAAUGUAAAUGUAACAAUAACGUCCAUGGACUCUGCACUUUCGAAUUCCGAAGCUGGUUCUGAUAUUGAUGUGGACUCAAAAAAACCAAAGCUUCCUGAAUAAAAUUAAAAAAUUAAAAACUCUUGAAUAUAUUGCAAUAUAGUGAAAUAUUAUAUAGAAUAAGUAAAUUUUAUGUUUAUCUAAGUUUGUUUUAAGAA